UUGUUUGAUAUCAAUAUGUUCUGAUAUCAUGCUUUUUACAAUCUACCGCAAAAAAAAACCAAAAACUCCAGAAAUAUAUUGAGGCCAGAACAGAGACUUCAAGACGAUAAAGAAGAAUGGAAGCAAAGAACGGUGGGCAGGUCCAAGGCAAGAAGAAGUUUAGGUUAAAAUGGACCAAAUUACUCCAUGAUUGCUUCGUUAAGGCAGUAAAUCAGCUUGGAGGAGCAUAUGAAGCAACUCCAAAAGAUAUAGUCAAAGUUAUGGGAAUCAGGGAAAUUACUACAGACCAUAUUAAAAGUUAUCUCCAGAAGUACAGGCUAAGUCAAGAAGUAUAUGGGGCAGCCUAUACAAAAGCUGCAUGGAGUGGUAGUAGAAUGAUGUUGGAAGCAAUUCAAGAGAAAGAGCAAAGAAGGAAUCUUGCAAGGCAGAUGAAUGAAGCAUCAAUAUGCAUCCAAACGAGCAAAGGAAAGAGCCCACUGAUUGAAGGGCAGACGAAUAGCUGCAAAGAGAUUGAGGUUCCAAGGACAAUAAAUGGGCAGAACUUGCAUGCUGAAGAAGCAGAAACCACAAAAUGUCAGCUUUUUCCGCCAGCCACCAAUGAUCAACUUCCUGUUCAUCCAUUAAGCAGCUGGUUAACAUUGUAUGAAGCACCCUCAGCGAAUCAUGUCAAGCGGAUACAGGCUGCUAAAGCUGAUUAUGCAAAUGCAUCAGUGAGCAAGACAGAAAAAAAGUUGCAAACCCUUCAGACAGCUAAAGACAAAAGUGCAUGGUUAUUACGAACAAAAUCUAGUGAAGGCAAAGGUUUACUUUCUUGGCCUCCGGCUUCAAUGAGAGAUGGGAUUUUUGCGGGAAAAACAAUGACCAGGCAUCAAAGCUAUCGUGAUCUUACAUCAACCAGUGGUGGGCUUCAAGUUGGUGGCAAAAUUACUUCAACGAAAGGCAAAUUAGCUACAGAAAACGAGCCUAUUGACUUGAAUGUUUCAGCUCAAGAUAUAUAUGGCGCGUUGAAAAGGGCUCUAUAGAUUGAAUAGAAAUUAAAUGAUCUUGUAUAGAAUGUAUUGAGAAAUUUCAAGUUAAUUUGUCUGUAAUGAAGAAUAAUGCAGUGUAACAACAGGAUAGGUCGAGGAAUGUGCAAGUCACUAGAUUCGAAGUAUUUAUGGAGAAAAACUUCCACAGGCUUACAAACUCCUUAUCUUC